CCAUGAAACGCAUCAUAGACGUGGGCCAAGUGUCUAACACAACUCUGGAAGGUCUUGGCACGACCCUCCACCAGGCACUGAACAUAGUCCUCACCAUGUUGUUGGCAGUGGUCGUAUUUGCCCUCGGCUGUACCGUGGAGAUCGGUAAGGUGUUGUCCCAUGUGCGCCGACCGUGGGGCAUCUUGAUCGGGAUUUUCUGCCAGUUUGGCAUCAUGCCACUCACCGCGUUCCUGCUGGCCCUGACCUUAAACGUGAGACCGGUGCAGGCUAUAGCCAUUCUUAUCAUGGGCUGCUGCCCGGGAGGCACCAUUUCUAACAUUAUCACCUACUGGAUCGAUGGAGACAUGGACCUCAGCAUCACGAUGACAAGUUUGUCCACCAUUUUGGCGAUGGGAAUGAUGCCACUGUGCCUUCUUGUUUACUCGCAGUCUUGGGUGGAGACCGGCAGCAUCAGGGUUCCCUACAUGCAAAUAGGUAUUACUCUGGUUACUCUAAUCGUCCCUGUGGCUGGUGGUGCCUUCGUCAACUAUAAGUGGCCAAAAGCAGCAAAGGUCAUUUUGAAGGUAGGGUCAGUGAUGGGCUGUGUUCUGCUGACCGUAGUGGGCGUUGCAAGUGCUCUGCUGUACCGUGGCUCCUGGAACACAGAUGCAUCCAUGGUGAUUGUCGGGCUCAUUUUCCCCAUCAUUGGCUUCACCGCUGGCUUCGCUAUUUCUAUUUUAGCACGACAGCCAUGGCCAAGGUGUCGGACAAUUGCCCUGGAGACCGGAGCCCAGAAUGUUCAGAUCUGCACAACAGUGCUCCAGCUCUCUUUCAGUCCACAGGAGCUGGUGCAGAUGUUCACGUUCCCCCUCAUCUACGGCUCCUUUCAGUUCACGUUUGGCCUCCUUAUGAUCGCAGUUUAUCAGAUAUACAAGCGGAUUUCCACACGUAAAUCAGAUGGGUCUGUCUUACCUGACCAUGCGCUACAAAGCUGCCCAAGAGACAACACUGGACAAGGGGAAGUCAAUAGAAGUUUUGAGCCUGAUUGGUCCUCUGCGAAUUAAGACGUAGAGAUCUAUUGCCACAGUAAUCUGUCAGCACUUUUAUGUGACCUUGAUAUGUGUUUAUACUGUAUGUUGUUGUAACUUUUGUCUGAUAGCUUUUGGACAUCUCUACCAUUGUACGCAACAAUACAUUGUGGCCAGCAGUGAAACAAUACCUCCUACCAUAACAGGAACUUUGAAUGGUCAGUUUGAGAUACAGCUUUGUAAGAUUU